UCAAAGGGCAUCGUUCGAUAUGAUGCCGUUCGCGUCUGCGACUUUUGGCGAUAUCUGACGCAAAAGUUGGGAUCUUUUUUUGGCGGGAAAACCGACCCACUGUGGUUAGUUUAAUCAUUGGGCUAAUCAGCCACGUUUGGCAUCCAAACCAAAACACCUGUCGAAACCUUAUAACGGCUGGAUUCGCGAGCAACGUGCGUACAAAUCGCUAUAGACCGACGUAAGUUUAUGGCAAAACGUCGUCGCACUUCAGCKCUUAUUGACGCUGAUAUGGAAAAUAUUACAGCUGAGGAUCGCUGGAUAAAUCCUACWUCAAUUACAAGGACUAUGUGAUUCUAUAGCUUCGACGACAUUGACUAAGCUCAACUGGCGAUGAAUUUAUUAUAUGGAUGGCUUGCGACCAGUUUAGGUCUAUUGUUUUGUGUAGGAUCUGCAGUAAAAGAAUACGAUGGUCAGUCUCAAAUAGUACAGCAUUUAGAAGAACGCUUAUUCAAAACUUAUAACCGAGACGUACUACCAAAGGAAAUGUUGCAUCAAGGAGUCCCAGUACGGUUGGAUUUAGCACUGAACCAGAUCAUCAACGUGGAUAAAAGAGCUCAAACGAUGAAGUCAGUUAUAUGGGUGAGACAGUACUGGAAAGACACAAGAUUAAAAUGGAACGCAACAGACUAUGAUAACGUCACAACGAUAGUAACCGAGGCGUCAAGAAUAUGGCUGCCUGACAUUACUCUUUACAACAAUGCAAGAGAUGAUUAUAAAAUGCAAAAAGAGACAUCCCAUAGUUUAUCGAUAUCAUCUGACGGGUCAAUAGCACGCUUCUUCCCUACUAUUUAUAAAAGUUCCUGCAGGAUGAAUGUGAGACAUUUUCCWUUUGACGACCAGACGUGCGUACUAAAGCUAGGAUCCUGGUCCUACGAUAUCUACGACGUCAACCUUACCAACGAAGGAGACGGUGACUUAAACUCGUUUAUUCUCAAUGGYGAAUGGGUUCUACGGAGCAUGCCCGCCGAGAGACAUGAGACAAGAUUCCGGUGUUGUCCUAAUCCAUAUGUGUAUGUGUUAUACCACAUCCAUAUYCGUCGACGGUCKUUAUACUAUCUUAUUAACUGYUUYACGCCUUGUCUUAUCAUGUUGGCUCUAACUCUACUCGGAUUUUAYCUACCGUCGGAGUCUGGGGAAAGAAUGGGUGUUGGCAUUACGGUUUUGCUGUCACUUAGUAUUAUUCAACUUAUGUUAUCYGAUUCGUUGCCGCCMAAYGAGGAAAUUCCUCUUAUAGUCCGUUAUUACGGACUGACWAUGUUCAAUGUCUUCUURUCGUUGGUUUUUACGUGCAUUGUUCUCAAACUCUACCACAACAAGGGCAGGCCUCUCCCUGAAUGGAUCAAGACGUUGCUAUGCAACUGGGGCGCCUGGYUAGUGCGCCUGCAAGACGAAUGGACACUGCUCCAAGAAAAACGAGAAAACAUAGAAGCGAAGUUUAAACGAGCAUACAUUAUGUGUGAGAAUGAUAGUGUAGACAUUCUGCCACCUAAGUACAAUGACUUAUCGUUUGGACAAAAUGGCGAUACACUAAGUGCAACGACAUCAGCGAUUUCAUCCAGUAAGACUCUACACGCUCCUGGGAAAAACACUAUCACUACUUCCAAGAAAUUUGAACGAUUUUUACUAAAUCAGCACUAUCAUGAGAACAUUGAUGCUUUAUUGAAAGACGAAUGGAARUUUGCUUCAAAGGUUCUUAAUAACGUAUUUAAGCUGACAGUAGGUGCUUCAGUAUUCAUAAACUCYAUAGUGGUAUUUUCAGAGGCGCCGAUAGACAACCUCUUUGAUUGGCUGCCGAAAUAACGACGAAAGAAACCAACAAUCGAUAUCAGUUCGGAAAAUUUURCGACUCCGAGCAAUUCCUUCUUAGGAAGGGCUUCUUYUUUCGAUAUUCGUAAAAUCGGAAAAAGUCAAACUAAGCCCAAGAGAAAUKGCCAAUYCCUUCUUAGACAAAGGGUUUCUUCACAGUCRAUAWUCAGAAAUUAGCUAAAAUGAGCACAGAAGAAGAUGGGCUAACAUUCUGGUACCUAGCCUGAGUUCAUAAAUAAACUGGAUGUACGCAGGCUAUCUGGUACCCCGUCAUUCAGAUUCUAUAAGRUGGAGAAGCUCUGGGUACGAGAAUGAGUGUUAGACRAAUUAUUAGUGUACAMURUCGGGAAAAGAAAAGAAAAAUAUAACUUGAGAAGUCCUGUAUAUAUCAUGUGGCCAUGCRCAYGCCAUUUUACAAUUGGCUUAACCAGUCUGUAACCUGUAUGGCUUAAAAUACAUAAUACAUGUAGGYAGAAGAAGCAGAACAAAAGAAAGAAGUCUUCUUCAUUCAUUUCAAUCCCUAAAUCUAUAGUUUUUUGCGCAUAUGCUGAGGUCUAAGUGUGAUGUGUUCCCUUAACCUGAAAAGCCCUACAGUGACUACAAAUAAAUAAUUUAGCGUGUAUUUAAGUGAAGGCAAAGGAACUGAACAACUAAGUAAUGUCAAAUAAUAGCUUAUUACACAGGUUAAAAGUGAUGAAAAUAAAAUAAUUUUCAUUGGUUUAGUGCCAGACCUCCACCCAGAGGUUGGAAUUUA